CUUACAUAAAUUGACCUUUGUUAUGUCCAGUUGCUUUUAGCUUUAGCUAUACUACGCUCUCUACUCACUCUUCUCACACCAAAAAGAUUCUCUAUUUCUUGGUGAAUGACCGACUGACUGAGUGAGCCAGGGAGACUGGAGCAAGGCCGCCGCUGGCCACCAUCGCCGGAUACCAGACAGAGGAGGUGGAGGMGGGCUCAGGGCUGCCUGGAAGCUUGAAACUCUGCAAUUAUCAUUAAUUAUUCUAUUCUUUUGGGAUUGGAGUCAUGGGGCACAAUACGAGGAUGGACCAGGAAGAAGAGACUUGGAACCAGAAAAAGCAGAAUCUGAUCCAGGACCUUGCUCGCAAGAUCAUCCAUGGCGAUCUCGAUACCAAGAUACAGGCCGCCAAGGAUAUCAGAAAGCUCGCCAAGUCCUCCGUCAAGACCCGUUCUAGCUUCGCUGCCGCAGGCGUCAUCCAACCCCUUGUUUCCAUGCUCCUCUCCUCCAACCUCGACGCCACCGAAGCUGCUCUCCUCGCUCUCCUCAAUCUUGCCGUCCGCAACGAACGGAACAAGGUUAGGAUAGUUGCAUCCGGUGCAGUUCCUCCUCUGGUAGACCUCCUCAAGUUCCAGAAUGGAAGCUUAAGGGAGCUAGCCACCGCAGCAAUUCUAACGCUCUCAGCUUCAGCUUCAAACAAACCAACCAUUGCGGCUUCCGGAGUGGCUCCCCAUCUUGUCCAGAUUCUUAGCUCCGGAAGCGUUCAAGGAAAAGUUGAUGCAGUUACGGCUCUAUACAACCUAUCCACCUGCACCGAGAAUUGCACUCCAAUCCUCCCUGCUGGAGCAGUUCCACCUCUCCUUGUCCUCCUCAAAGAAUGCAGGAAAUACUCCAAGUUUGCUGAGAAAACAACAGCCUUGCUUGAAAUCUUGUCUAACCAUGAAGAAGGCCGGAGUGCAAUCUCAGACACUAAUGGGGGGAUUCUUACUCUGGUGGAGACCAUAGAAGAUGGGUCUCUGAUCAGCACAGAGCACGCGGUUGGUGUUCUUCUCUCUCUGUGCCAGAGCUGCAGGAACAAGUACAGGGAACUAAUCCUCAAAGAAGGAGCAAUCCCUGGCCUUCUGCGACUAACUGUGGAGGGUACAACAAAAGCCCAAGAGAAAGCACGGACGCUGCUGGACCUACUCAGAGAUACUCCUCCACAGAGGAGAUUGGCAUCAGAGGUUUUGGAGAGCAUAGUCUAUGAUAUUGCUACCCGAGUGGAUGGAGCAGACAAAGCUGCUGAAACUGCUAAGAAGCUAUUACAAGACAUGGUCCACCGAAGUAUGGAACUAAGCAUGAGCCGACUCCAGCUUAGGGCUGCAUCUUGCACCCCUUCUGAAAUGCCACCUGCCUGAGACAUGUUGCUUUUCCAUCUGAAGAGUGAUUUCCAUAUAAGCUUUGGUCACUCAGACUCAGGCCAGGACAGGCCAUCUAAUUGAAGUCAAUCAAAGACUCAUCCAUCAUCAGAUCCCUGCCAGAUUUAAGAAGUGGUUUAUAGACUGUACAGAAAUUGACGGUAUAUUGGAUUACAAGGUGAAUCCCAGUUCUGGUUUUAUUGGGUUUCUGGCAAUAAGUCAGUCAAGAUAGUUACAUUACACCAUCACCCUGUACUUGUACAUUAGGAACAUGUUAAUGAAUGUAAAUGGAUAUUUCUGAAUCCCAACUACAAAGAUGUAAAUCACCUUUUUAACUUC